AUGAUCAUCGGAGGAGGCGACGAUGCAUCUAUCAACAGCAUGAAGUUCACCACCACCCACAAACUCAAACGGCCCAUCACCCACGAACUGUAUGACGAACUCAAAGAAAGUAUCAUCUUUGAUAAGUCAGAUACCCACAAUUUGGUCCUCCCUCACUAUAACGCUCUUGUCAUUACUUUACGCGUCUUUGAUACUGAUGUAAAACGUAUUAUGGUCGAUGACUGGAGUGGCGCGUGCAUCAUCCACCCUUGGGUUCUCACCCAAAUGAGGCUCGAGGACAAGAUAGUGCCGUGUUGCAUCACGCUAACAUGUUUUAACAAUGCAGUUGAGCGGACAUCUGGAGAAAUUACGCUGCCCGUCCUGGCUGGCGGCGUCACUUUGGAGUCCACGUUCCACAUCAUGGACAAGGAUAUGACAUACAAUGCCAUCAUAGGCCGACCUUGGAUACACACCAUGAAAGUCGUCCCUCCAGCUUAUAUCAAGUCAUCAAAUUUCCUACCCCUUAGGGAGUUCAGCAUCCGAUGA